AAUCUGACCAAUUUUAGGUUCACUGAAUCUUUUAAUUUUUCGACAGUAAUUUAAAUUAUUUUUAGUAAAAAAAUUGGAGGGUUGUAUCACCCCCCAAUUAAUACAUUAAUUGCUCUAUCAUAUAUUUUAUAUUACAAAAAUAUGCCAAAGGGAGGGGGGAGGUGAUAUGACAUCCUCAUCUACCCCCGUGAGCACGCCCUGGCCCCAAUGAGAAAAAACGGAUUUUAAGAAAUGUCAGCGGCACAUUCCAUAAGAAACAAGCAUGUGCCAUAAUCGGAUGUUCUGGAUCUGGGAAGUCUUCGCUGUUGAAUUUCAUUUCUGGUUAUAAAACAUGUGGUUACAAAGGAGAUAUAAUUAUUAACGGACAGCCUCGUAAUCGAAAACAAUUUAUGAAACAACUGAGCUAUAUAAUGCAAGACGAUAAUUUACAACCUCACCUUACUGUAUUAGAAUCAAUGGAAAUAGCUUCUAAACUGAGAAACUGUACCGUUCAACUUGAUGUCUACCACAAAAUCUUAAUCAAAAGAAUAUUGGAUAAUUUGAAGUUGUCGGAAAAAGAAAACACUUUGGCAGGAAAAUUAUCUGGGGGCGAGCGUCGUCGACUGUCUAUUGCUGUGGAAUUAAUUCGUAAUCCAAAAGUGAUGUUUUUUGAUGAACCAACCACAGGUUUAGAUGUGGUAUCCGCAAAUUAUGUGGUAUCCAUGCUAAGAGACCUAGCCAAUUGUGGUAAGACAAUUAUAUGCACUAUUCAUCAGGCAUCUGCCUCUCAAUUGGAAAUGUUUAAUGCAUUAUACAUAUUAUCACCCACGGGUCAGUGCAUUUAUCGUGGACAGUCAUCAAGUCUUAUAAGUUAUUUAUCAUCUGUUGGUCUCCAGUGUCCCUUACAUCAUAAUCCUGCAGAUUUCAUUAUUGAAGUAAGUUCUGGAGAAUAUGGUGAUCACAACGAAACACUUGUCAAAUAUAUUAAUAAUGGAAAAUCAAAUGACUGGAAUAAUGACAAAAGCAUUGAAAACUCGUGUGUUCAAACGCCAAACCAUCGUUCUAAUUAUUCUCGACAUAAAUGCAUCUCAAAGUUUUUCAAUGAACUACGAAUACUUAUUAGUAGAACAUUAAUCAUCUCAUCUAGAGACAGUGACUUCAUCAGAGUAAGAAUAUUUGUACCUCUUUUGAUGAGUUUUCUAUUUGGUUCAGUAUAUUUAAAUAUUGGCAAAAGUGGUUUGUUCACACGGGAUAAUGUAAUAAUGUUAUACUUCAGUAUGAUGGCCAUUGUUUACUUAUCGGCCUACUCAAUGUCUAUAAAAUUUCCAAUGGAGUUGUUACUUAUGAGAUUGGAGUAUUUCAACCAAUGGUAUUCACUUCGUUCAUAUUACACGUGUGUGACGUUAAUGGAUCUACCUUUACAGAUUAUAUCCACGGGACUAUUUUGUAUUGUAAUUUAUUUAAUGACUGGGCAACCAUUUGAAUUAUUCAGAUUUUUAAUGGUUUUUUUAAUGUUGAUUGUGACCGGCCUAAUGUCUCAAGCAACAGGCAUGUUGGUCGCAAUUUUGUUUAAGAAUUUUCUUAUAAAUACUAUUGUUAUAUCUUCAAUUAUUUUACCUAUGACAAUAUUUGCGGGCAUUAUGUUACGUAUCAAUGACACACCAAAAAUAUAUAGUUGGAUUUAUGAUGUUUCCGUGUUGAAACAUUCAAUGCAAGGUAUUUUACAUGCUAUAUAUGGUUUCAAAAGAUCUGCGUUGCCAUGUCCAGAAAUUUAUUGUUAUAAUGGCUCUCCAGAAUUAGUUCUCAAGGAUGUAAGUAUGAGUGAUAACAUAUUUUGGACUAGCAUUGGAUACAUUACAACUGUAUUUUUGUCCCUUAAAAUUUGUACUUAUGUUAUUUUAAAACAUAAACUUUCCUGAUGAAAAUAAUUUAUAAUGUUUUACGACUCAUAUUUGUUAUUAGUUACUAGUCAGUGUUGGCAUUGUUAAAAAAUCUAUUUCGUUUGCAUAGAGUAUAUUUUUAUAGUUAAAAAUUGCAUAUCUACUUCUAAGUCAGGUGAUUGAAAAAAAAAUAUAUUAUGUUUAUAUUUAUUAACACUGUCGUAAGCAUGGCUACAGUCUAUACUUCUAUAGAUUAUCUAUAGCCGUGGAUGUUAGAUACAGAAGCAGGACCACGAAGGAAGAAGGAGGAGCUACAGCGAUGAAACUUAUUAUUGACCUUAAUGGAAAAAAUUUUUAUUUAAUGAUUUUUUAUAAUAUUAGGUAGAAUAUUGUUAUGUAUUCUUAGUUAAAUUGGUACACAGUAUGACGUCGGAAAUCUAAAUUGUUUUGAUAAAAAUAAUGGUGGUCGGGCAAAUAACCAAUUUGAAGACUUUAUUUUAUUAUGUUUCCCUCAAUAUAUUAACUUUUUUUUUAAAAUUAAUUGCUAAAUUAAUAUAGUACCUACUAUAACGGUUAAAAAUCAAUGCUUUAAACUCUAUGACCACUUAGUGCUAAACUUUUCUCAUUUACAAGACAAUAGAAUUUGAUUGAUAUACUUAUUGAGUUUACCUAUACUAGCCUGUAAAAAUAAUGGGUUUCUUAGUUUUUAAUAGUGGAUUUAGAUGUCCAGAAAAUCCAGUUUUCAAGUAUGCCAUCAGAGUAUCCACUCAAAUUUGCUCAUCUCAGAUGAUCGCGAUUUUCAUAAAAAUAAUAUGCUGCCCAAAAUCUUAAUGAUUAUUUUUAUUUAGGAUCAUUGUUUUACUGUAUAGGUCACAAGUAUAGUUUGAAAACACAUUAAGACCAGACCAAUUGUCAACAGGUGUUUAAAUAAAAUGCGGCUUAUGAAAAUUACUAAUAAAAAAACGCAUGUUUCCAGCAUAUGUUGCUUUGGUCUGAAUGUGAUUUAAGGCUAUUAAAAAAAUGUUUUACUAUAUUAGAUAUAUAUUUGGUGUUUUUUUGUUAGUUUUUAUUGUGCUAUUUUCUUAUUUUCUUUGUUAAUUGAUCUGAUUGAGUGCUUAAAAAAUAAUUUGUACAUUUUUUUUAAAUUUCAAAUUUUUAUUUUUGUUAUCUGUAAAGUUAGCAACACAGAAUCCACUUCAUUGUAACAUGAAAUCUCUUGAUUUCUGAUCUCAAAACCAACGAAUUUAUAAAUAUGUAUUUAAUUUUAUUAUUCCAUAAUAAUAUAUUAUUUUGCUCAAAUGAA